CGGCUGGGCCCUGUGUAAUUCCCGUGUUAGAGGGGGUGUGAUGCGAAGAUGGCGGCUCCCUCAGAGUUGUUUUGCUGGAAGGGAAGUUGGGGUUUACCUUCAGUCGAUACGGACAGUCUUAUUGUUCUGGCAUAUGCACGCUUUGCUGGUGCACCCCUGAAAAUUCACAAGAUCUCCAACCCCUGGAGGAGUCCAACAGGCAUUCUCCCAGCCCUAAAGACCAAAGAGGAGGGGAGCUUCUCUCAACCCAGCAAGAUCAUCAUCCAGCUCAGGAAACAGAAAUACAAUGCAGACUAUGACCUGUCGGCAAAGGAAGGAGCAGACACUCUUGCGUUUAUCUCUCUGCUGGAAGAAAAGCUGAUGCCUGCUCUGAUUUACACUCUGUGGAUUGAUCCUAAGAACUAUGUGGAGGUGACACGGCGCUGGCAUGCAGAGAACAUCUCCUUUCCCCUCAACUUCUUUCUGCCCAGCCGUAUGCAGCGGCAGCAGCUAGAGAGAGUGAGACUCAUGCGGGGAAACAGCGCUCUGGAGGCCGGCGAGGAGGCUGAGAAAGAGCUGUACCGUGAUGCUCAAGAGUGCAUGAAUCUUCUGUCUCAACGCCUUGGCUCCAACAAAUUUUUCUUUGGAGAUUCGCCCUCCUCCCUCGAUGCCUAUGUGUUUGGCCACUUGGCCCCUCUUCUGAAAAUCAAGCUGCCCAGCAGCAGACUGCAGCAGCAUCUGAAGUCACUGGACAACCUGAACAGCUUCUGCUGUAAUGUCCUGUCCCUCUGCUUCCCUAGUGAGAGUCAAGAGGGAGUGGGACGGCCAGCAUCCAGCGCUCCGGAGGGGAGUGACUUUGACCACGAGCCGUAUAAGAGACGCAAACAGCUGCUGUCUGUCCUGGUGGCUGUGGCAGCCAUGUUGAGUUACGCUCUCCUCACAGGCAUUGUUGCUAUUGAGCAUGUGCAGGAGGAGGUGCCAAAACAAGACACUGCCUCCAUGAGAGCGGUUUAUGAGGAAGAGGAGGAGUGAUGGAGGGAGGAGUAGAGAAUGAAUGUGUGCACUUAUUAUAUCCAGGUGGGCAGAGAAUUCACUGAAGAUUUGCGCACCAAAAAAAAGGUCAGCUUCACUACAUAUCUGACCUGAGAGAGAAUUCUAAAUGUAAAUUGUAAACUCGGGCUUUGGUUUGGUUUCUCCAGCAUAUACAGUAUGACAAUCAUUUAUGCUACUUUUUUUCACAGUGUUUGUUUUCUUUUUUUUGACAUGGUGCUACACAUUGUAGUAUAUUCUCGGUUUUUACUUUUUAACAUUACCUGCUCAUAAUGUAGUAUAGUGACUUGAAUGAUCUUUGUGUAUAUGUGUAAAGGUCACCGUGGUACUGUGCAGGAGAUGCUCAGUAUUCUGUACUUGUUUACAUAUCACUGCUAUCCAGAUUCCAUUUGUGGACCAACAACUAACAGAUGUGUCAAGAAUUAUAUUUCAGUUUGCUAUUUAUCUAGAUAAAGUUGAUCAGUAGCUUUUAUUCAUAGUACUUGGAAGGAAAACUCUGUUGCCUUGUUAGUUGGAGACUCGACACAUGUUCCUGCUCGUCCUGGCAAUGUCCUUGCCGCCUAAUUAGCAGCGGAGUAGUCAGGCAGUAAUUGACCUCAAAAAUUGUGCAUCAUUUUGUUGUUGACGUCAUGCUCAUAUUAGAAAAUUCUGGUCAAAGCAGAUUUCUAUAUGAUGAAGAACGUUUUUGAAAAUUGCGUUCUGUGCUUAAAAAAAAUGUUCCAAACCUGAUUCUUUUGUCCUGUGAACAUUUUCUGCUCUAAAUAUAACUGGAUCCUCUGAAAUAUGAAGGUGUUUAGCAGUCAAAAUAUGAAUAAUGCUAAAUGCAUGCUACAAACAAGCUAACACUAUUGCACAUUGACAUGAUGACACAUGAAAGUAAGUCUACUGUUAAACUUCACCAUUACUAAAUACCAACACCAUCUGCUUAAACUGUAGACUAAAUGGCUUAGUGACCUAAUAGUUCAUAGGAUCUGGCAAUGUUUGAAAGAAAAAUGUCAAUACAGGCUUUGGAACAUUUUUUGUUUCCCACAGUUUUCUAUUCAUUUUUCUCAGAGAAAAUCUACUUAAGAGUUCUGGAGUUCCUAAUAUGGGCGUGAUGCCGACUUCAGAAUGACGACACAACUUCAGAAUGACGUCUGUAAUGUCCAGGGUAAAUAAUCUUUGCAGCUCUGCUUGUAUCAUUGAUUCAUUUUAUUUUUUAUUGCAUUUUUAUAUUUGCUUGUUCUAAUGGCUUUAAAGCACAUUGUAGGUCAAUGUUUGAAGCUGGAGCUUUAUUCAAUGGCUGUUUGCCUGGUUGCAACAGAGCAUGAGUAGUUCAUCAAUAAUUAUUUGUAAUAUGAAGCAUUUGCAUCCAAAAACAGUUGUGUGUGUGUGACUUAGCAACACAGACGAUUCCAAAAAUAUUUAUCCAAAUGUAGCUCUAGGGUACAAGCCUGAAAACGAGGCUCUGUGCAGUUGCUAAUAGAGUUUUACCUUUAAUGCCAUACUUUACGAAGCUUUGUGUGGAGUUUGUAAGUGUAGGUGCACUUCUGUGCCUGAGUUUAUAGGAGUGUUGAAAGAAAGUAUGUGUUUGGGGACCAUACGUAAUUUUUAUGUCUCUAUAGAUGCUUGGUCUGCAAAACCUGUUUCUUCUGCAAAAGUAAUAAACUAUCAAUCUUAUGCUUUUGCCACCUUCCACAUUCCAUUCAUGUCUGUACUGCUCUACCUGCUAAACUGUAUCUACAUCCGGUUCCAAAUCACAGUCAGCAGAAUAUGAAAUAUAAGUGAAGUAUGACUAGGAUGAAUGUGUUUCAGUUUAAAAUGUGGUUUCAACUGUUUCUGGGUUUAUUUGUUAAGUACAAAUCUCAAGCUCCUUAGUCUGGCUUGAGAGCACAGGCUUUUGAUAAAGUGAAGUGGAAGAUUUCUCACCUGAGAAGCUAAUGGAAAGUUCUGUUGCUUUUAUUGGUUGUUCCUGUCCCUCCUCUCGUGCUGGUGGUGUUUUGUAAAUAUAUCUAAAUUUAUUUUCUUAAUUUAUGGACAAAUAAAUGUGCUUUAAAACCA